AUGCGAGAAGCCCUCAAGACUCUUACGACCGGGCCAUCAGCAGCUACCGACGCCUUUGAGAACGCCAUGAAACGUAUUAAUGACCAGCCAAAAGAAACAUCACGCUUGGCGAUGAGAACAUUGCUACUACUCACGUAUGCUCGGCGACCACUCACUGUUGACGAAUUGUGUCAUGCUGUUGCCGUAGAAAUCGACGAAGAAGAUGGGGAAUUUGACCAGCAUAACGUUCCGGAGAUGGAAGAUGUUCUGCCUUCGUGUGCCGGCUUAGUAGUGGUCCAAUCUCGCCAUGAGGUCUCUGGGAUCGCUGCGACGUCAUUAGAUACACGAUCAGACUUCUCAUAUGGGCCGGAAGAUGGCUCCUCGUCGUCUUCAGAGGGACCUAUCGUGGGCUACACGAAUAGCGCUGUCGUCCAGCUGGUGCACAAGUCAUUUCAGGACUACCUGUCCUUGACCAAAAGCCAGUGGUUUCCUCGCGCAGAAUCUAUCAUGGACACAAUCUGCAGGACUUACAUGAGCGCCUGUGAGGAAGUUGAGUCUGCGACUGAUCGUCCUUUCUUGGACUACGCCAAAUCCCGCUGGGGCUACCAUCACUUGAAGGCUGAGGCUGAUACCGCGGCACCAGAGAUGGACGGUGACCCGAACUUGCCAAUUCGCCGCAAGAAUUCUCUACCCACCGAGAAACAAAACAUGUCUUUGCAGUUUGGAGUCCGCCAACUAUCGAAAGAGCUUGGGGGUAUGCAGGAACUUCUCUUCUGGGCCUGUGAAGAGGGUAGAAUCAAUCUUGUUGAGGUGCUCCUAACGACCAACCUCGACGUAUACAUACGUGAGCUUGAGGAAGACUCGAAUGAUCCUGGCAGUAGCUCCGGUGAAUUCACGGACAAAGACAACGGCAUGCCCACAAAAAAACGCGCAGGCGCCAGGCUGAUCGACUAUGCACUUUCCUAUUCGGUGAUUAAAGAUGGAAACCAGGCCGUGGUUGAAUGUCUUCUAGCGCAUGGCGCUUUACUCGAACGUCGGCUUCAGUACCCCAAGGGCAACGAUCAUCACUUUUUCAUGGGUUUCACGGCUUUAGGUCACGCUGUGUGGGAAGGCCUAACUGAAAUGCUGAGUUUUCUACUGCAUCACCCUUCUAUUGAUGCUAUGCUAGCAGAUCUGAAGCAAUUCCGGAAAAGUAUUUGCGUCCCUGUACAAAUUGGACACACUAUCAAACCAUCCAUUCUUCCCGGAUCUUUAUUGCCUCCCCUAGAGUUGACUUGGGAGAUGACACCGCUUUUCAUUGCCGUGUACCGGGACCAAGACGCAUGUGUCGACAUUAUCCUGGAUUGGAUGCAAUCUCACGACCAUGAAGCAUCAAACGAGACAUUGCUGACACUUUUUAAGAGAGCUAUGCUACUUGGGCUUCAGUCUGGUUUUGUGAAAUCUCUCAUCAAGCUUUCCCAUAUUAUCGGCGUCCACAGCGAGCACAUUGACGCCGACACCGGGCCAAAUCAAGAGCAAGUCACCAUUCCUCAAAUCGGUAUCGCUUUGGACGCAAAGUAUCCACUGCGAACACUUCUAGCCGAUGAAGGUGUCGAUGUCCCACAAUCGGAUUACUAUGAUGUGACUGCAAUAUCCAUCGCCACGGAAUCCAGCCGCACGGAUGUCAUACAAACACUGCUAUCGAUGAGAAACAUAGAGAUGCAGCCACCAUUCCUGGUUGAGUCGCUUUUCCGGGGCAACUCAACCGAGGUAUCCCUCAUUGCGAACAGGCUCUGCAGUGUUCUUGACAGUAAAAGCCCGAGUAGAUUCGACAUCCUCGAUGAAAUACUUUUCUGUGCUCUCCGCCAACAGAUCAUUCUCUCGUACUCUCACGACAAACACUGGACACGAAGUGAUAACAUUACAACUCGGACCGACAAUCUUGCAGAUGUGGAUACUUUCGACCUAAUUUGGGACACAUCUGUACUGGAUGUGCAACGUUUCUGCCUUGACUGGGACUUCGUGGAUGUGAUCUUGCCGUGUAUAACCGACUCUGACGAUUGCGAGGCUUCCAAGAUCACUCCGUCGUCGGAUAACAUUGGAUCAGGUCCGAAGGUUGCGCCCAACAAAGAGUCCAGACUUGGAGUCGAGACACUGUUUCUUGCAGUCGCUUUACGUUCGAAGGAGUUGGUGGAGAAGCUCGUCCAAUGCGAGCCCCUCAUUGUCCACAAAACCGACACCAAGGGAAGAACGGGGUUAAUGGCAGCUGUCUGCACACGAUCUGAAGACUUGACCAUAUUUCUGUUGAAAUGCUUGAUUGAGGGGUCCGCCGCUCCUACUAUCAACGCAACUUCUGAGACCGGAUACUCGGCAAUCGCAUAUGCCGUUCGAGCCCGUAAUCUUGAUCAAGUAUUGCGCCUCCUCGAAACUCCCAAUUUCGACGUUUGGUCUGUCUUCCACGAGGUUGCUGGAGGCGGUUACCCUUUUGUCUGGGCGCUGGACAUGAUGGGAGACAAUACGAUAUGUGAAUCUAUAUGCAAAGCCUUGCUGGCUCAAGCUAACCCCAAAAGACUAUCCCAGGCCGCUCAGCAGUUACAGAGAUUGCCCAAGCGCGUAUGUCUUGGUACAGAUCGAUACAGAGGAUACGAUGAGUCCUGGAAGACAUUGCUGUGUUACGCAGUCAUAUGCAGACGCUUAGAGACUUUCAAGUUUCUCCUGGACACUAUAUCAGAUUUCGAAGCUCCUGAUGGCCGUGGACGAACUGCAUUAUCCCAUGCAGAAGAAUCGAGAUUGGCCUGUGACAAGUCCCGGAGCAUGGUUAAUAUACUGUUGGCUCGAGGCGCUGAUCAUCUCAUCUUGGAUAAAGCACGACGGUUUCCUCUGUGGUAUGCAUUCGACAAUUAUCCAAGAGGACUCUACGACGAGGAUGACGACCCUGAUGCCCGGUUUUGGUGGGAGCAUGAGCAGCUCCAGAAAUUACAUGCCGACAGACCCGGGUUCUUGAGUGAAGUAGAUGGAGUCUACAGCGCCCUUUUCGAUUUGGCCGUCGCCCAGUGCGCCACUAUCGUGUUGGAAUUUCUUGUCGAAGUCUGCAGUAGUAACUGUCCGCUUGAAUGCAUGGGCACAUCAGGCCUCACCCCAUUGGCAAAGAUGGUGCUUAGCUUGAACGUCGUCUUACCGACGACGGGAAGCAAUGACGAUCGCCCCCACCGAAAUAAGUCGGAGUCCUUGAAAUACAAUGUGAAGGUUUGGUACGCAAAAGUCAAACGGUUUUACAUGCUUCUGGGUCGCCUAAAAAUCUCUCACGACGUCCCAGACAAGGAUGGCAAGACGGCUCUAUGUCAUGCCCUCGACCGAUUGUACGCAGAGCACUGCGAAAAUUCUCUUUAUUCGUCUCUGCAGGAUUUUCGCCGUUCAGAAGGUCUCACAGACUUUCUUUUCUUCAUAAUCGAAGACCUGCUCGACAAAAGUGAUUCUAAUCCGUUGACGUUGAAUCAAGAGGGUUACUCACCUCUUGAUCUGGCAGAGGCCUUGUUGGACCAACUCAAGCAGAAAUCAGCCCACAGGACUCAACAAUGGGAUUCUAAUUCUAAAAGCUCGAGCUCUUUGAGUUCCAUUCCAGACAGUCGACUCUUGGAUACCUCGAAGAUAGCUGGCUCGGCGGAAACCCCAUCUGUUGUUGGGGAGCUGGCCGCGGGAACAGCACUCAAAGCACUUAACGGCGCCGUUGACUUGCUCGAUACACUUGAAGAAGAGGAAACCUCUGAGAGCCUCAACUGCAGCAACCGCAAAGAGAAAGCCACCCUGGAAAUGGAUGAGAACACGAUCAUCGGCGGGAGGACAAAGAUGAAGGCUGCAAUACAGGCACUCAAAUUCGAAUGGCUUCACAAGAAUGCGGUGGAGGAGCAGCGGCUUGAGACAUCUGUUGAGGAUGACACAUGA